CUUGGUCAGGCGGCAGGCUUUUCUUGAAGGCCGUCAAGUUUGGUGCAUUUACUGUUUCAUUGGCCAGGCUGUUCCACUCUCGUAUCGUUCUCGGGAAAAACGAGUACAUGUGGUAGUACGAGUACAUGUGGUAGUAAUUAUAUGGGAGUUCGCCUCCAGCAGUUUUCUUUCGUGCAAUUAGUUUGUUUUGUUUUGGCACAUCUCAAAAUGAUAUAUUUGUAACCAGAAUAUUGAGUUUAACAUCCCUGUAAGUUAUGUUAUCUUUGUUAUAUCUACAGAUCAUGUCAGCAUUUAAAGAGAAGAAACCAAUUAUUGAGGAGAUCUGCCCAAAGGAAAGUUCAGUCAUGGGGGGAAAUAUGUUCGUCCUGAUUCUGAACAAGCACCUCCCUGGUGACACAGAUGAAGGCUACUAUGCUAAAUUUGGAUCCAGUGCUCCGGUUGUCUUGACAAAAGUAAAUCAAGUCAAUCUAAAGGGAACGAUUCCAGCUUACCCCUCACCCGGUGUUGUUACUGUCGAAGUGGUAUCCUCAACAGGGAGUUAUCUGGGACAAACUUUAUUUGAGUACAUAGACACGGUCGACCACAUAUUGAAGAGGCUAGAGCACGAUCAGGAACUACACCGUAGGUUUUUCCAUCUUAUGGCUCAGGAACUGCGGAGUGCACUAAGAAAACCUGAAAAGCGGCAGCCAUCGCCAGCUAUUCCGGGCUUUAAAAUACCAGAGGACAAGAGAAAAAGAGAUUUUGUUACAAGUGGUUACAAAACGGACGAUGAAGCAUCGGACGAUGGAGAAUAUUCAGAGGACAUGAAAAAAACUGUUUACGAAGGAAGUGAUUACGACGCGGACGAUGAAAGAUCGGACGAUGGAGAGGUGCCAUGUAGCAAAGUUGCAGGUUGGAAUCCGAAUUCAAAACUGUUUUCCUAUGAUGAUAUCAUCGAGCCAAAUGGCCACAGAGGGGACAUAGAACAACCUUGUGGACCCCCAUCGGGGGAAUCUGUCUGGAGAUUUCUUCAUAGAACUGAUAGACAGGAGGUGGACAUUCAAGUACAUAUCUUAAUCUUCGGCGAGCGUUUUUCCAACAGUCAUGACCUCAGUAACUUAACACCUUUCUCGUUUAAUGCCCAGGAAAGUGGGGCAAGUAUUAGCGAGAUAGAGCCUUCAGCUAUACCAAGGAAAAGUUCGGACAAAGUGGCUGGCGCAGCGGGUGAUAACAAUAGUACUGCACGAUCUAACGGCGAGACCCCUGAAAGGGCUUAUAAUCCAGAAAAUAUGGAUAUUGUUGACAAUCAGUUGAACAACGUUGAUUUUGAUCAAAAUUCGGUGGCUGAUAAAACCAGGCGUGCUGACGAAAGAAGCGGGGAUGAAGAUGACGAUUCUCCUGGAAAUCCACUGUAACAAAAAAAGAAAAAAAUACGAAGAAAUUCAUUCAUUUAGUCUAGACGGACUGGUUUAUCUCCAGCAACUACAGCACUUCAGUCACUACCAUCAGCAAAUGUGAAACUAGUUCACCAAUAUCGCCUUGCUUCAGUCAAGCAGCAAGACCACCUCCACACAGUUUAUGUUUCCUUGUUUACUUGUGUUUUGUCAUUCAGAUGUUUAUAUUUUUGUUGAAAGGACAACGUUGGCGGCAAACAGUUCGUUCUUUUCUGUAUUUGGAACAUUUUACAGUUGUCUGCUCAGUGACCUGGCCUUUGAAUGGCAGCGAGGCUGGAGGUGACCUUGUUUUGAUAAAGACCUCACUGCUUUUGUUGUGUGAAUCAAAUUAUUCUUAUACUAACUAGCUGGCAUUUAAAUGAGAAAAGCAAAGAGGUCUGUAUCAAUGCAAGGUCACUUCCAGCCUCGUCUGCAUUCAUAGGCCAGGUAACGAAGCACACGACAGACCAUUUUCGUAUUCUCGGUAUUGGACUGGAACUAGCUUG